CCCCGUAAACGCAUUCGCUCGUACGCUCCGUCUAAAAGCGGACUUAAGUAGUAGAGGAGACUUGUUGUCGCACCACCGUCCUCAUCAUUUGUUGUAGUCGAACCGUACAGCCAAACGGAUCGAGGCCGAAGAGGACGCAGCUGGACAUUAUCGUCGGAAUAUUAAAAUCGCGUAAAUCAACUCGAGGAAUUCAUUCGUGUAAUUUCUUGCGAGCGACAGUGAAGACCUCACUCACAACCCUCUUGUUAUUGCAUCAGUGAGCGCUAUCAGGUCGAGAACUUUUGACUUUUGAUUGAAAGAUCAAGUCGAUUGAUCAAGUCGUUGAGCCGAGGAACUUCCAACAUUAAUCGCUAUCAGAAAAAUCUGCCAGAAAAGACGAGUAUCGAGGAAGAUAUGAUGGCAGUCGCAGCCGCCCAGAAGAACCGUGAAAUGUUCGCCAUCAAGAAAUCUUACAGUAUUGAGAAUGGGUAUCCAGCGCGAAGACGUUCCCUCGUAGACGAUGCUCGCUUUGAGACAUUGGUCGUCAAGCAAACAAAACAGAGCGUACUCGAGGAAGCUCGACAACGAGCGAAUGACACGAACGCCGAUCAGACAAUCACUUGUACUCAGGAACAACAAGGCCAAGAAGAGCAUUAUGUUGAUGCUUCAUCGAGUGACGAUGAACAAGUAGAGUCGUUAAUUUGUGCAGCAAAGAAGGAAGAAGCGAAAGCGGAGGCUUCAUCGGAUAGCGAUGAAAAACCAGAUGACGACGACGAUGACGAUUCUGGAUUAACCGAGGAGGAAGUAGUACUUGCGAAGACCAUAGCGGAAUCUCCGGAGACUGAGCAUAGCGUGCAGAAAGCGGCGUUGGUGCUGAGACUGCGAGAGGGCAUUGGUUCUUUGGGUCGAAUUUUAAAAACGAUCGAAAAUUUCAAGGGCAUAAUUACGCAUGUCGAGUCGCGACCUUCGAAGAAAGAGGGUCUGCAAUUCGAAGUCUUGGUCAAGAUUGACAUGAACAGGCAGAGCCUUCUUCAGCUGAUUAGGAAUCUGCGACAGAGCUCGGCUUUGGAUGGCGUAACUUUGCUCGCCGACAAUUCCGUCAGCAUCAAAGAUCCCUGGUUCCCCCGUCACGCUUCCGACCUUGACAAUUGCAAUCAUCUGAUGACUAAGUACGAACCGGAUCUCGACAUGAGUCAUCCGGGCUUCGCCGACAAGGAGUACCGUGCCCGUCGCAAGGUCAUUGCCGAAAUUGCUUUCGCUUACAAGUAUGGCGACCCGAUGCCCAACAUUCCUUACACCGAGACGGAGAACGAGACUUGGUCGCGCGUUUUCAACACCGUGCUGGAUCUAGUACCCAAGCACGCGUGCAUAGAAUACCAGAGAGUCUUCAAGAAAUUGCAGGAGGAGAGGAUCUUUGAGUCUCAUCGUAUACCACAAUUGCAGGAGAUUAGCGAUUUCUUGAAAAGAAAUACAGGAUUUACUCUUCGACCGGCCGCCGGUCUCUUGACGGCGCGUGACUUCUUGUCCAGCCUUGCCUUUAGGGUAUUCCAGAGCACUCAAUACGUUCGUCAUAUUAACAGCCCGUAUCACACUCCUGAACCAGAUUGCAUUCAUGAGCUCUUGGGUCAUAUGCCGCUUCUGGCCGAUCCUAGCUUUGCUCAAUUCUCACAAGAAAUCGGUCUGGCAUCCCUCGGUGCCUCGGAUGAGGAAAUCGAGAAACUGUCCACUAUCUACUGGUUUACGAUCGAGUUUGGUCUCUGCAAGGAAGGCCCCGAAGUCAAAGCUUAUGGUGCUGGUUUGUUGUCAGCCUAUGGUGAACUCUUGCACGCAUUGAGCGAUAAAUGUGAGCAUCGACCAUUCGAUCCUUCAACUACUGCUCUCCAGAAGUAUCAAGAUCAGGAAUAUCAACCGAUAUAUUACGUAGCCGAAAGCUUCGAAGAUGCCAAGGAAAAAUUCCGUCGCUGGGUGGCCACCAUGAGCCGGCCAUUCGAAGUUAGAUACAAUCCUCAUACGCAACGUGUGGAAGUCCUCGAUAGCGUUGAUAGACUGGAGGAUCUGAUUUCUCAACUCAACACUGAGAUGACCCACCUCACAAAUGCUGUCAAUAAAAUGAAAGCGAAGCAUUUUGCGUAAGAAUGAGAACUUCUACUGCAUCUUCGUUAUAUUGAUUCGAUUAUUCCUUUUGCGAAUCAUCGAACCUUGAAGUCGAUCAUGUGUUUUAGAUUAAUAACUUUCUUUGGUAACACUAAUUCUUGAUAAUCUGCUGUGCUUAUUUUAAUAAGAUCUAGUGACGCACCUUUGAAUGGCAUAUUUUGAGAAUGCUUGGUGAUUUUUAUAAAAUUAUAGGUUGGAAGAUAUAUUAGUUUUAAAUAAAGUCUUUAAUUGCAUCAAGAUUUCAACUUCUAGGUUCGAUAGAAUUUAUCAUCAUCCUCGUUGCGCUCAUCAAUUUAUCUGCCAUUGUAUAAAAUCGUUCAUUAAUGUGUUGUACGCGUGUGCGCGCCUCAGUUACGCACGUAAAAUACAACAAAUCUUCGGUGUACGCGAAUGUCACUCAACAUAAUGUAUUGUUGCGUCAAGAUAAUCGCACGGAUUUAUUGAAUAAUGAAUCAUUUGUGGAUGAAGUAAUUCCAUGACAGCCCAAUCUUAUGCCCUCGAGUAUUCUUUAUGAGGCGCCAAGUGAACAAAAGUACAUAUCACAAGGUUAUCUUCGCUAUAAAAGAUAGCAUUAUUUUUCUUUCGCCACGUGUACGCGCGUAUGAUUCGCAUACAUUACCAUUAUAUUAUUACUCUAUUUUAUUUUAUUAUAUAAUAUUGUAUUAUUUACAUUAUUAUGCAUGAAUUCGCUUAAUCCAGUAAACUGAUGAUAUUUAAUAGAGCAGUCUGUAUUUAGCAAAUAUUGUAAUGUGUAAUGAUUGUCGGUAAGAGUUAUCGUAGUCUCAAAACUUAUGAAAUUCGCGAAAUCGAUUCUUCGUCAUGACAGAAUUUCGUCAUUUGAAUGUGAGCGUUCAGUAUUUUGUUUUUGCGAAUAAAUUGCUAGAUGGUGGUGA